ACGAAGCUGUUUGCACCGCCUUGCUUUGGUUGAAGACCACUUUUACUGGCGUGCGAAAUAGGGUAAAUUCGUCAGUAAUUUGUUAAAGGUCGUUGGUUUAUCCAAGACACAUUGGUUUCCUCCACCCGUAAAACUGACCGCAAUCGUUCAAGUUAUAAACUCGCUAAACAACAGGCAAAUAUACAAGUUGUUGUGACUAAAAACAAUUGUUUCCUUGUAGACCACCAAUGAAGUCUGUUCGUGAAAAAGUCUGUACUUCACAAUAUAAUGUCUAAGGGAUGGAGUGAGGCCUUUGACUUUUCCAGAAGGUUUACCCAGCUGUGCCAGGAACUCCAAGAUGGCGGGGAUCACGUGACUUUGUCGGAGAAGUUCGGAAAACUGAAAAAUAAUGAGGAGAGGAUAAAGUUUGCGUACGGACUGCCUGCUUUUCAAAGGUACUUUGAAGUCCCUGCCAAAUCCGAGGCCAAAUCAACCGAAGAAUCAAAUCUUUUAAGAUCAACAGGAAAUGAUCUGUUCAAAAAGAAACGCUACCAAAUUGCCCUCCACUACUAUACAAAAAGCAUCCUGUUCGCUCCUUUUCAGAGUAAGGAACUGUCACUAGCUUUUGCUAAUAGGUCAGCAGUGCUGUAUCACAUACGGAUGUAUAGGUUAUGCCUGGAGGACAUUGCUGCAUCUCUAAAGUACGGAUACCCUGACGAACUAAGGUACAAACUGCUAGAUAGGAAGGCUCGGUGCUGUUUUUGUUUAGGCAGGACCGAGGAGGCGACCACAGCCGCAAAGGAUGUAGAAGAUGAUCUCCAAAAGUCCAAUUUGGACAUUCCGAAAAGAUCGAAAUGGUCAGAGGAUCUAAAACGUGCUUUGUUCCAAACAUCUAACGCAGACGAAUCUUCCAGUAAUGAACCCAAGUAUUUCUGGCCACUUCCCGAGCGCAAAGAUACCAAUACUAAAUUCCCUUGUGCCACUGCUGCUUUUGAUCUUGUGUAUACUCCAGAGAAGGGACGUUACGCUGUGGCAACGAGAGAUAUUGAGAUUGGCGAAGUGGUGAUUACUGAAGAACCCUACGCUGCCAUGCUUCUAAAGCCUUAUACUAAAACCCACUGUGAUUUCUGCCUGGUAAGAUCCGUAGCGCCCGUACCAUGUCGAUACUGCAGUGGAGUAGUGUAUUGUAAUGAACAUUGUCGAGAUUGCGCAUGGUCUAGUUACCAUAAAACCGAGUGUAAUUACUUGGAAGUGUUACUCGAAGCGGACAUCGGGCUGGGACGUUUAGCCCUGAGAAUGGUACUGACGGCUGGCUUGGAACAGGUGCUUAGUUUGAAGAACAAGAAGAUGGACAUUAAAGACGAAACGUUCAUGGGCUGCAACAGAGAUGGCGUCUACAGAUCGGACGACUAUUGGGCAGCUUACGCUUUAGUGAAUCAUCAGGACAACAGGACAGUUGGAGAUCUUUUCCGAAGGACAGUCAUGGCCACUAUGCUUUUGAAACUUUUGCAACAAACGGAGUUCUUAAACUCUGUAUCGGGUAUUCAGUUGUCUGAGGACAAUGUUUUUUACGUGGGUAGCCAAAUUCUCCGCCAUAUUAUGAUGUUGCCCUGUAACGCUCAUGAGAUAUCAGAGUUAGUUCUUGUGCCGGGUCAGCUUGCCACCUCCAGAACGGCAGAAAUAGGGUCAGGCCUGUACAACACGUUAAGUUUGGUCAACCACUCGUGCGAUCCGUCCGUCAUGAGACAGUCUUAUGGACGGCGUUGUGUAACAAGGGCGAUUCGCUUCAUACGCCGAGGGGAGGAAAUUGCCGACAACUAUGGUGCGCUGUGCGCUUUGUCAACACGCCUGGAGAGAAACGCACAUCUCAGUUCACAAUAUUUCUUUGAAUGCUCUUGUGAAGCGUGCGUGAAAAACUGGCCUCAGUAUUUUGAUAUCCCCAACGAGGUGCCUGUGAUCAAAUGCAAGAGUUGUAGUGGUCGUGUUUUUGUGCCGAUGGACGGUUUAACGGAUAAAUCGGUUUGCUCAGAUUGUCAGAUGGAACAAGACAUAACACACACUAUCGUUUGUCUGAAGCAUUCUGGAGACAUUUUCCAAGGGGCAUUGCAGAAAGUGUUGCAAGGAGAAGAUCUCCUAGAGUCGCUUCCUCUACUUCUUGGUCACUUGCGGCUGCUUGAGGACACGGUGUGUCGUCCUUGGCGGGAAUAUAAUGACUGCCAAGAGGCCAUCAAGCAGAUUUACAACACUAUGGGUAACUGCUUUACUCAAAACACCGGGGAAGGGGCACCCUCGUGAGAACGUGGACCUACCAUGUGCCCCACAUAAUAGUAUUCAAAACUGAGAUUAUGGUUGUGUCCUAUAGAUUGUAUA